AUGGAUUCAAACUCACAAUCUCCGCCGCUUGGCGAUUCUGACACCAAAAAUGUAUUUCGCAAGCCUUCUGGCGAGGCAGCUAAUAGGAAUUAUCGGCGACGAUCACCUAUUGAUGGGUCAUCAUCACCUGAUGGUAGUCCCAGGCGAGAACACAGCUCAAGUCCACAUCCAUCAAAGGAAGAAUCUGUGAGAGUCUCUCACCAUCAUUCAAGGAAGUUUGACGGAAGGGAACAAGACCGAAAAUACGGCAGAAAUCAGUAUGGAAGAAGCAGUGAUUCUCUUAGACAUUCUGACAGACAGUCAUUCCGGAGCUCCUAUGGUAACUCAAGACAUGACAAGUAUGCAGAUGAGGAUAGAAAACAUGAGAGGUUAUCAUCUCGAUAUGCGCGUGAGUCAAGGGGAGACCAUAUGAGAGAAGAGAGUGAUAGCAGGUCAAAAAACUACGGGCGUAGUAUGGACAAGUAUUCACGUGAAAAAUACAUAAGGUCUGGAUCUGGCAAGAGGUGUGCGGAAUAUGAUGAGGUGGAGAAGGAGAGGCGUACAAGGGAUGGAGAUGGUCGGGAUGAAAGAAAGGAUUCUCAAAGAAGUUUUGGAGAAAACAAAAGUGAACGUGCUGUUUCCUAUUCAGAAUCUAGGAGCCAAAAAGAUGACAUUGAAAUUAGUAAGAACAAGGACCAAAACUCUAGAAAGGUAGGUGGGGUGUUUGGUGUUGAAGAUAAAGAAUCUUUUGGAAAGAAACCGAAGUUGUUUGGUGCUGACAAGGAUGACAAUUCUGGAAAAGAUGAUGAAAGGAAGACUUCAAGGUCAAAGCUCUCUCAUGAGAGCAAGCCAUAUGUAGGGGCUGCUAAGACCAGUGGUUUUGAUAGUGGCAAUGAUCUAGAUGCUGCAAAAGUGGCAGCCAUGAAAGCUGCUGAAUUAGUUAACAAGAACUUAGUAGGGCCUAAUUGCUUGACUACGGACCAAAAGAAGAAACUGUUGUGGGGCAGCAAGAAGAGUACACCCACUGAAGAGUCUGGCCACCGCUGGGAUAUGGCAAUGUUUGAUCGGGAGCGACAGGAAAAAUUCAACAAACUCAUGGGAGUGAAAGGAGAAGCCAAAGUGGAACAGAGCUCCGACAAUCAAAAUGACAACGACGUACUCCGUGCUGAGAAGCAGAAGGAACUCCAGCUGGAUCUUGAGAAACAGUACACUGCUGGUCUCCGGCGAAGAGAUGGCCGUACAGUUGGAUUAGGUCUGUAA